AGCUAAGCCAAGCGAAGCUAGGUUAAGCUUUUUGGAACCAACGGGGCUAACACUGUGCACAGUGUCUGCAAGAUGGCUGCAUCACUCCCACUCCCGCACUAUUCUGCACACUCCUUGAAGACUGAUGAAGGCAUGGCUGCCCUUAACAAAACCGCCCCUGCAGGGAAAAAUGGAAAAGACUACAACAUCUGGAUAAUGGGGGACAGCUACGUCCGUCGUGGUGCCCAGAGAGCUGCAGAGACGAUGGGAAGCAACCUCGGGAUCCAGGGGACACGGAUCUGCUGGUUCGGCUGGGGUGGACUGCGGUGGAGGGGCCUCCUCCCCUUCUUUGCCCACAGUCUGAGAGGACGGACAGCGCCGGACGUCCUCCUGGUCCACUGUGGGGGCAAUGAUGUGGGGGAGGUCAGCGGUGUAAAACUUUUAAAUGUAAUGAAAGAGGACCUCCAGCAUCUCCGUGUCCAGCACCCGCACAUGAAAAUAAUUUUGUCUGGCAUCACUCAGCGGUGCCGGUGGAAAGCUGUAAGCAUUCCAGCAAAGAUAGAGAAGUCUAGAAAAUUUAUUAACAGUGUCAUGGCUACAUUUCUGAGGACCUUAGAUGGUGCUCUGGUUGAGCACCCUCACAUUAAACAUGACAGUCCUGGGUUAUUUUUGAGGGAUGGAGUUCAUUUCACACCUAGGGGAAAUGACAUUUUUUUAACUGAUAUAGCAAAAAGUCUUAAAGACCACUUCCAAACGCAAUGAACUGCUUUCAGUUCAGAGUCUAAAUGACUCCGCCUUUGGAAUUGGCCUUUAGGACUUCUUUAAUUUGCAAAAAAAAAAAAAUAGUCCAUGACUGUCAUGCCAAAUGUUGAGAUUUAUAUUUAAAUAAUAAUAAUAAUAAAAUAAUAAUAAUGAUAAUCAUUAUUAUUAUUAUUAUAUUAUUAUUGUUAAUGUUAUUGUUAAUGUUCCAAAAGCAUCUGUAGCCAUGACAUUGUUCUCUUGACUUUUCUAUCUUUCCAAAAUUGUUUUCAUGUCCGGGUGCCCUUUUCCCAAGGCUGCUUCCCCGACUCUGCAGCGCUCUGUGCCCAUGGCGGGCAAAAGCGGGAGCUAUACAGCAAAAGCGGGAGCUAUAGUCUAUGGUGUGUGUAUGUAUGUAUGUAUAUAUGUAUGUUGAUUUCUGCUGUCUUUAAAUUAAAUGUUAUGAUGUUAUGAAAACAGAGUAAUUAAAUUGAAGUUCAAAACCAGAUUU